CUAUUUUGUUAUAUGUGAUUUCACUAGUUCAUUCAUUUGCUUGGUCAGAGUUCAUGAAUCAGAAUGUUUUGGCUGUAUUGUAUCUCAGAAACUUUGCUGAUACUAGCAUGAGUAUUACUAAUUGUUUUCCUCCUGCAUCCAAUAAUCAAUCUUCCAAAUCAACCCUCUGAAAACAAAUCUUUCCUCAGAUUUUUGGAUCUUGUGUGUUGGAUCUUCAAUCAUGUUUCUAAUCAAGUAUUUUAUUAGAAAAAGAAAAAGGGAGUUGACUUUGGAGCCUUUGAUGCCUUUCUCAUUUGGUUUUCACUUUUUUUUUUUUUUUCUUUCUGAUUUUUAGGGAAGACGAAUGAGAGCACAUGAUAUCAUUAGACAUUAAGUACCAUUGUGCAUCUCAUCUUUACUUAGUCAAGGCUGCAAUUUUCAUCGAACAAGUCAUUUAGUCUGGGUCUUUGAAGAACAUUCUCAACAAAGUGUCAAAGACCAUUGCUUUUCAGCUGAAGGUCACCAUUCCCAUAGAUGCAGUAUUACAGUAGCAAAACACUCUUGAAGAUGGACAGGGCAGAUACAUCUGGUUUUGUGAGUGGUGGAAGUUUAUUAUCUCUCAAGUCUUUCCAAUAUAUGCUUAUAGCUACAAGUAUGAUGUGUUAAGUGGUAAUUCUUUGGGAGUUCUCUAUCUACUACAUCCUUUUAAUCUUCAUAUGAAUUCGGAUCACGGUCUAGCUAAAGCCACCGGCAUCAACAAACAUGGCAAUAUGGGGGACAACUCUCUUAGCCUCAAGUCCCUGGGAGACUCUCAAAGCCAUUUUUGCUCUGAUGUUUCUAACUGCACUGAUGAUGGCUGCCGCUUGGUCCUUGGACUAGGUCCAACAUCAGCUUCAUACUGUUUCAGCAACAAAGUUUAUGGUUCUGGAUUCACUCAAGAAAUCUCAUCACGAGGUGGUUCGGUUCUGCAACUUCGUCUUCCAGACACUCUCAGUGGACUUGAUUGCUCACUGUCUACAUAUACUACUAGCAGACAAUGUGUGGUUCCUAUUGGUGAUGAGGGCUCUACUUCUGCAAAGAGGUCAGGUGGUUACAUGCCAUCACUUCUGUAUGAUCAUUCACAAGCGAGUCUAGACUCAUCCUUCUACAACACCCCGAAGAAGUGCAACUUCAUGGGAUGCGUGAAGGGAGCCAGAGGAGGGUCAGGGCUCUGCAUCAGCCACGGAGGAGGGCAGAGAUGCCAAAAGCCAGGCUGCACGAAGAGGGCCGAAAGAAAAAGAGACCACUGCAUAUCUCACGGUGGUGGAAGACGCUGCGAGUUCAUCCAAGGAUGCGACAAAGCAGCGCGUGGCAAAUCAGGUCUCUGCAUCAAACACGGUGGCGGCAAAAGAUGUGUUAUAGAAAGCUGUACGCGAAGCGCUGAAGGAACAGCUGGUCUUUGUAUAUCGCACGGCGGUGGGAAGCGUUGUCAGUUCUCUUCGGGGUGUGAUAAAGGAGCUCAAGGGAGUACUAACUACUGCAAAGCGCACGGAGGUGGGAAACGGUGUGUGUUCUCAGGGUGUGGUAAAGGAGCGGAAGGGAGUACUCCUCUGUGCAAGGCGCACGGUGGUGGGAAGCGUUGUAUGGCUGAUGGAGGUGGGAUUUGCCCUAAGAGUGUGCACGGUGGGACUAACUUCUGCGUUGCUCAUGGUGGUGGGAAGAGAUGUGUUGUGGAAGGGUGUAGUAAGAGCGCUCGUGGACGCACUGACUGUUGCGUUAAGCACGGUGGUGGGAAACGGUGUGUGGUUGGUGAGUGUGGGAAGAGUGCUCAAGGGAGUGGUGAGCUGUGCAAAGCUCAUGGUGGUGGGAAACGUUGUUGUUGGGGAGAUGGGGGAUGUGAGAAGUUUGCUAGAGGGAAGAGUGGUUUGUGUGCUAAGCAUAAUAGUAUUAAGGAGAAAGGAGAAGAUGGAGGAAGCAAGAGUGGUUUGAUUGGACCGGGGCUGUUCAGUGGUCUUGUUGUUGGUUCUAGUUCUGAUCAUUCUCAGAAGAUGAUGAUACCAAUGCAGGUUCUUGUACCUUUAUCAAUGAAAUGUCCAAGUGAUUCACAUGAAGGAGAAACCAACAUGUCUGACUUUAUGAUUCCUGAGGAGAGAGUUCAUGGUGGUGGGCUAAUGAUGUCUUUACUUAGUGACAGCCUGAAACAGCCUUCCACUGAUGGAAUCUGAAAGCAUUCUCUUUGCAAGUGUUACCUGCUCAGCACAAACCUCUGUAAAAGCUGUAAAUGUGUGUGUAUAAUAGACCCCAGCUUAGUUUGGGCCUUUGGUGGGCUUCUUUAUAAUCACUAAUACAAUUGUCAAACCCGAAUCUACUAUUCAUAGCUUCAUUUGAAUUUUUAUUUUAUGGAAA